GUGCGCUGGGCAAUAAAAAGAAAAAAACAAACGCAAUAGAGUGAAGUCAAAAAUAAUGAAAAUUCGAAUUAAAUUGCCAUAAUAAUUUCCUUUAACUGCUAAGAACGCAUCCAACAGACACCAAUUAGUGCAAUAGUCCGUGCGACAUCCAGUUUUUCCGUUUUCGGAACGUGUUACGACGGAAAAUCCGUGCGACAUUACCCGAGAAAAAAAUUUUCCUUCUAUCUACGACGGAAAAAUCGAUUCGAGAAAAGUAGUUUGUGCACAACAAUCCGUCAUUAGAAUUUUACUUUUUUUUUAUCGCAUUUUCUCUCGCCCGUGGUCCCGCUUACGUGAUGAAAGUGCUCUAAAUUUGCUCUAAAGCGAUGUAGAUGAUGAUGAUGAACGUUCAUCGGGCACCAGAGAACAAAAGAAAUUGCGUUUUUGUGUAGAAAUAUAAGGCAAAAAAAGUAUAAUAACAAGAAAAUAUUGCACGAAAUGUUUCGUUGCUGCUUCAUCUGUGUUGUAAUUUCGCUUUAAAUGUUCGUCGUUUAGAGAAAAUAAGAAAAAAAAUAUUUAAUCGAAAUAAUCCUGAAAUAAUUGAAUUAAGUGAAGAAAAUAAAAUAAAAGUGAAAAAAUGGAAAUUGUCGGUGAUUUCGAGUACAACAGCAAAGAUUUGAUCGGACAUGGAGCCUUUGCUGUUGUCUUCAAAGGCAGACAUCGCAAGAAGACAAACUUCCCCGUUGCCAUCAAAAGUAUUACCAAAAAGAGUUUGGCCAAGUCGCAGAAUCUCCUCGGCAAGGAAAUCAAAAUCUUGAAGGAACUCACGGAGCUGCAUCAUGAAAAUGUCGUGGCACUGCUCGACUGCAAGGAAUCACAACACAAUGUUUUUCUCGUUAUGGAGUACUGCAACGGCGGUGAUUUGGCCGACUAUCUCUCAGUUAAAGGGACUUUGAGUGAAGACACGAUCCGAUUAUUCCUCAUACAACUUGCCGGAGCGAUGCGUGCUCUCUUUGUCAAGGGUAUUGUGCAUCGAGAUUUGAAACCGCAGAACAUUUUGUUGUCACACACGUGCAAAUCGCUGCCAGCUCCGGCGAAAAUUACACUAAAAAUUGCUGAUUUCGGUUUUGCGAGAUUCCUCCAAGAAGGGAAUAUGGCAGCGACACUUUGUGGAUCCCCAAUGUACAUGGCUCCUGAAGUGAUAAUGUCCCUGCAGUACGAUGCAAAAGCCGAUCUUUGGUCAUUGGGUACCAUUGUGUUCCAAUGUUUGACGGGAAAAGCACCUUUUCAGGCACACACGCCACAAGAACUGAAGAUGUUUUACGAGAAAAAUGCUAAUUUAGCGCCAAAGAUUCCUCCGGGAACAUCGAUCGAGUUGUGUGACCUUUUGAACGGACUUUUACGAAGAAAUGCUAAAGAACGGAUGGCCUUUGAUGUAUUUUUCAACCAUGCUUUCUUACAGAGACCACAAACUCCAACAAAUUCUGAAUUUCCAAUGGCUGCUACAACAUUUGAGUCAGAGAAGAGCUCUAGUCCUGCGCAAGAUCCUGUCUAUGAUAACAAUGCGGCAACAAUCACCGACAUUGACGACAGCGUGGCAACUUUAAAUAACAACAGUGAGAAUAACUCGUCAGUCGACAGCAGUCCCGACAACUCAGACGACUUUGUGAUUGUCUCCAAUAAUAUUCCGGUGGACCCAGCAUGCGGAAAUUACGAACGGAGCAAGCCAAUGCGCGUUCCCGCUCCAUCGCCUCACUCUCAAACAAGUCCUACUCGUCCAAGCAGUUUACCAAUUAUCUCGGAGCCGAGACCUGUGCCCUCAAUGGCUUCACGAAAGAUGUCACAACCGCAAUCUCCACCGAAGAACAUAUCGAAUGCAAUUCCGCGAUCGCAGCCCAUCAACAUGCGUUCAAAUCGCGAAAAUCGGAAUGGAAGCAAUUGUGAUAUCAGUUCAAUUUCGCCGCCAGCUGUGCAGUUUGCCAUUGGCACGCCUCCAUCGGGACAACAUCCGCAUCACAGACGUCGUUCGCAGUCGGAAACGUUAUCGGAAACACCUCCGCCGCCCUGUCAGUGGCAAGUUAGCCCGGGAUCGCAUCAAUCUCCGUUGCGACAUUCGGGCACCAGUUCUCCCAUUCUUCCAACGGCAUUGUCAAAGUUACCGCCACUCAGUAGUCCGACGCUCAUUAGCGAGAACAACAAUCCGCUGAGCAACAAUCAUCCGCUAAACACGCGAGCAUUCACCUUACCCGAAAUGGGUAACAAUGCGCAAUUUCAGAGUUUGUUGCACGAAACGGGAUCGCAAGACGAUCAUCCAAUUACAUUUAGAGCGCCUGAACUUCCCGCAGAAACACUUUUGGAUCGCGAUCACAACGAAACGCUCGCUAAACUAAACUUCGUAAUGGCUCUCACGGACUGCAUUCUCGAAGUUGCGGACUCCAGAUGUGCUCCAUUGUCGGCAUUGAUGUCAGCGGAUGCGCCUCCAAUCGCUCCGCAUGCCCCCGAACACUGCAAACGGGCUGAACGACUCGUUUUGUUGGUGCGAGCACUGCAUUUGUUACAAUCUGGCUUGAAUUUGGCAUCGCAGCAACUGCAAUCGGGCAGUUUGAAGCCUUCCAAUACAGUCAAAAAUGUUCUUUCAAUGAUGAACACAAAAUAUCGCGCCACUCUGUGCGAGUCUAAAAAAUUAAAUGGAUCUGGUUUGUUGCAAAAAGCAAACGCCAGUAACAUCACAGCUGAUAAAAUUUUGUAUGAUCACGCAAUACAAAUGUGUCAAUCAGCAGCCCUUGACGAACUAUUCGGAAAUCCCGAGGACUGUUUCACACGAUACCAAUCAGCUCAGAUAUUAUUGCAUUCACUUGCGCAGAAGUGCAAUCAUCCAUCAGACAAGACGUUGUUGUCAAAAUAUAAAGACGCUGUGGAAAAACGCCUCUAUAUCUUGCAGCAACAAGGCUACAUCUACGCCACCGAUGAACUUUCAUAGAGACAAAAAUUUUAACAAGCAACAGUGUUAAUACAAAAAAAAAUAUUUGCUACAACAUUUCUAUAUAAACAAAAAACUAUACUAUGCAAUAAAAUUAAAUAAAAAUAAAAAAGAAAAUGUAGAAACUAAAUAUUAAACAAAAAAAAAUAUUAAUGUAACAGCUAAAAAAAAUAUUAGUUGAACAAAAUUACCUAAUCCCCCAUUAUCUCACGUUACUCUUAUUCAAACAGACAGAGAACAAAAAAAGAAGUAGUUGCUUUGAAUAUUUUAUAAACUUUUUUUUACUAAGAAAAACUGUUCAAAAUUUUGCUGUUGUUUGCCUUGAAAUUUAGAAUAUAUUUUUUAUAAUCAGAAAAAAAUUCGAAUCACGGCUUCGUUGAUCAUGUGCACAUGUUAAAAAGGACAUUAAACCAGAUUUCUUGAAUUAGUUCGUCACGGCUGAAAAAUGUAAAUAAUCUCUUAAAAAAGUCACAAAUUAUUUAUCCUACAAGAAAAAAAAAUUGGUUUGAUUUUUUUUUUCAAUUAAAUUCCUAACUAAAGUGUAAUCUGAUACCUAAUAAUAAGUCAUAAAAAUGAAAAAAAAUAAUAUAAAUAAAAAAAAACAUAAAAAUAAAUAUAAAAUAUUAAAAAAGAAACAAAAAUGUCAUGAAUGAAUUAAAUAAAAACAACAGAC